CUACGGAAGCCGAACGAGGUCUAGAUUAACCAAUUGGAAAAACGCUUCCGUUCUGUGUAGUAGUUGUUUUGAGAUUACCACGUGGUUAUGUUAGAACGUCGAUCAAGUGGAAUUCUGCGGGUUUUAAUGUUUAAGAAUAGUAGAAAUGGCAGAAGAAGCUGAUGGUGUAGGAUUGACAGAUCAGCUAGACUCUGUGCUAAGUAAUCUGUAUGAUUUUGGCGAGGAUUUUGUUUUUGCCAAAAAGAAAGCAAAGAAGUCAACAGAAAAUCAGGGACUCUCAAAAACAAAGGAACCUGGGAAACAAAAUGGUUUAAAGAACAAACCUCUUGAGCCAACAGCGUGCUUAAAGCGCAAGAAAAAAAAUGCAUCUCACUUUUUUGAAUCCAUCAAGGAUGAACUGUGUAACCAGACCAAAACCACAGAGAUGUCUUCCGAAGGUUCUUGUGGUGAUGCUGGUUCAAAGCAAACACAACACAGUGUUGAAGUGGUUACAUUUGUUAGCCGUAGGGACAAAAAGAAAACCUUUGUAGAAGCUGAUCAAGAAAAGAUGCCAGAGGACGAGCUGGAUGCAAAAGUCAAAGAAGAAAGUAAUAACACAUUUAAUUUUGAGAAGGCUCGUCUAGAAGUCCACAAGUUUGGAAUCACUGGUUACAAGAAAGAAAAACAAAGAACGUUUGAACGAGAGAGAGCAAUAAUGCUGGGAGCCAAAGCCCCUAAAAAGGAAUACUUAAAUUACAAAGUCUUUCAAGAAAAAAUCAAAGAGAAAAGAGAAAAGCAAAAGAAGAAGAAAGCAGAUCGGUUUAAAGAUCCUACAAAGAAAAAGCGAAAGCAAGGCCAGACAGAAAAGAGAACAAAGAAAACCAAGUCAUCUGGACGCAUUGUCCCAACAGGGCAUGUUGGGAAAUUUAAGGAUGGUGCAUUAAUUCUAAGCACUGUGGACAUUAAGAAAAUUCAACAAUCCAAAGUCAUUAAAUGACCUGGGAUGCUGACAAGACACCAUCUUUAAUGGCUCACUUCCAAUGCAAUGUUUUAUACAUCACUUCUUUGGUGGCCUAAACUUGUUUGAAUUUUGGUGGCCUUUUAGGUUCUACAUUUGGAUUCCAAAGGUACAGGGGGACUGGACAGUUAAUUCCUGCAAUGAAACAAUAUCUGCAUUGGAAAAUAACAUUCUAUGUUUUUAUAUUUGAAAUUAGCAGGAAUGUAUUUCUCAUAAACUUUUGGCCAAGAGUAUUUUUUAUGUCUGUAUUUCUUUAUCAUGAAUAGUGAAUAUACAUCAAGAAACAUAUUAUCCUGUAAAAUGUAGAACAUAAAAAAUAAAGCUCUUUUUUGUAACUAACUAUAAA